UCUCUUCCUCCCUCCCCACCUCCAGACUCUGGACAUCAAUUGGACGGGGAUGACCAACCUGCUGGAUAUCCCAGGCCUCAGCUCUAUGUCAGACACGAUGAUCAUGGACACCAUCUCCUCAUACCUUGUGCUGCCCAACCGCCUCCUGGUUCCACUGGUGCCUGAUCUUCACGACGCCGCCCAGCUGCGCUGCCCCCUCCCCAGGGGUGUGGUGCGUGUGCAUCUGUUUGGAGCCCGGGAGCUGCGCAGCAAAGAUCGUUUCAUGGGGGGGUUGGUAGAGGGGAAGUCGGACCCCUACGCUGUGCUCAGGGUGGGCACACAGGUGGCAAACAGCCGAGUGGUGCCCAGCGAGCUCAGCCCCACAUGGGAUGAGGUGUAUGAGUUCAUUGUGCAUGAGGUGCCUGGACAGGAGAUUGAGGUGGAGCUCUUUGAUAAAGACCCCGACCAGGAUGAUCUGCUGGGCAGGAUGAAGCUGGAUUUUGGGGAGGAACUCGCCCUUGUGUUCAGUGGCAAGGGAGAUGGUCCUUUCCGGCAACGGCCCUUCACCAAGCCACCUGGAGAGAUGGCUAUUGGUGGCACGUUACGAGGUGUCCUCCCAUGGACUGGUGUCUCUCUAGACGGGUAG